AGCAGGUGUCUUGUGACAAGUGUGAAAGUCGCUGGUUGGUAACGCAGGUCAGGAGGAAGUUUUGUCGUCGUCAUGUUUCCCCUGGAAUUCGGCAUGUUUUGACGCGUUACAAGAUGUCUGACGCCCACAGAGACUUCCCUAAGGUCUUCCCAGACCACGUAAACGGGAUGCUGGCGCGUUCGGCGCUAGGAGAGUCGGAGAAUGUUGGUGCGGGUUCGGGGGAUCUCGGAGCCCCUACCCCCAUCCCUGUGGGCCCCUCCUACCUUCCCAAUGCUACCUUUGGCCUAACAGUGGUAUACAUCGUCCUCUAUGCGCUACUCUUCAUGUUCAUAUACGCGCAGCUGUGGCUCAUCCUGUACUACAGACACAAGAGGCUCAGCUACCAGACCGUCUUCCUGUUUUUAUGCCUCUUCUGGUCAGGCCUGAGGACUACCCUGUUUUCCUUCUACUUCCAAAACUGCGUCUUGGCUAACAACCUGUCGACUUUCCCCUACUGGCUGCUGUACUGCUGCCCAGUGUGUCUCCAGUUCAUCACCCUGUGUCUUCUCAACAUGUAUUUUGCACAGGUGGUCUUCAAAGCAAAAGGCAAAUAUGCCUCAAAUCCAAGCAGAUAUAAAAGGCCACUGAAAAUAGCGUUUGGGGUGGCAGUUCUAAUCUUUGUGGCCACUAACAUCACCUGCGCAGUCCUAAUACGGCGGUACGAUGGAGAGGACAUUCCUGGGGCCAUCAUUGUAGGCAGGGUGAUCAUCAACGACUCCCUGUUUGUGAUUUCUGCCAUUCUGCUGUCUGUCUGUAUAUACAAGAUUGCCAGAAUGCCAACAGCAAAUGUUUUACUGGAAGCAAAGGGCUUCACAGUGGGCCAGUCUAUAGCAGCGUCAGUAGGGAUCAUCCUGCUGUAUGUGUCCCGUGCCAUGUACAACCUGGUCGCUGUCUCACCCAUACCUACACCUUCCCUGGGAUACAGCUGGCUUAACGUCUCAGAUCAGGCUGACCUGUUGAACCUAGGGGCCAGUGACCUGAACUACCUAGUGUUUGGGCUGGUUCUGUUCUUCUGGGAGCUCCUUCCGACUUCCAUCGUGGUCAUCCUGUACCGAGUCAGGCGCCCUCCACAAGAUCUGAUGUCAUCAAGCAUGUCCACCCAGAGCUAUAAAUACUUCUUUGACAAUCCGAGGAGGUACGACAGUGAUGAUGACCUGUCCAGGGUGCACAGCAGAAGUGGCAGCCAAUAUGACAUUCCGACCCUGCCAGUCACCCCCAGCUCGUACUCCAUCAACAGCAGCACCCCCACCCCCCGGGGGUACGGCACCAUCAUGAGGAGCAGCAGCGGGAGUUACCCCUCGGGGCAGUACGGCAUGCCCGGCACCACCCCGCCACUCCUGUUCAGCACAGGCAACAUCAACCCUGGCAGCAGGUACCAGGCGUAUGAUGGGACAUGAGGGCAAAGGUCACCACACCAGGUGUAUGAUGGGACAUGAGGGCAGCUGUCUUUGCACCAGGUGUAUGAUGGGAUAUUAGGGCAGACGUUAUAGAACCAGAUGUAUGAUGGGAUAUUAGAACCAUGGCAGCAAAGAUUGAAAACAGGAGAAAAGGCACAAUCCAUUGCAGGAAAUCAAUAUGAGAGAACUAAGAAGUUAUUCUAUGACUUGAUAUACCAUAAGGUGUAGCCUGUGUGAAGUAACUUUUAAAAAUUCAAUAAUUAAUGCUUCUCUUGUGAAAUUGUGAUGUAUAGUAAUUAAAUGAAGUACAGUGUACUCAUAGUCUGAUACCUAUUCAUGCAUAUGAUAGAAAGAGGAAAACACGUAAAAAAAUAAUAUUAUGGGUCGUGCUA